AUGUCAUCCUUCACAAUAGACUUUUUACAAAAAACUGAAAUCGGCACCGUGCAUGUGGCACGCACACACCGCCGUAGUGUAGACCGCGUCGCGACCCCAAACGCCACAAUGCACCCCUCGAGCUGCGCUACGCAUCCAACAUCACAAUCCAACCCAAAUCACCAGCGACUGGCAAUACUAUCUCAUGCGAACGGCAACACAAUGCGAAAUUGUGUCCUCGGUGCGCCCUCAACUUUGUUGAGGAACGCUUUGUUUAUGACAAUCUGGCAGCCCUAUUGUGCUUAG